AUGAUUAUUUCUUACGCAAUAAUUAUCUAUAAAGUGCGGGAAAGUAGCCAGGCAAUAGCGAAACAUCAGUUAAUGAAAAAAGACAGUCGUUCAGAAAAUGAUGAUUCAUGCAUGAGAUGGAACAGUUUUAGGACAACACGUAGACAAAUCAGUAAAAAAGAGCUGAGACUAUUUAUACAAUUUUUUCUGGUUUCUUUGGUUUUUCUAUUAACUUGGACAACAUGGCAAUGGCUUCCUCAAAUAUCCGAUUCAAAAUGGGCUUAUUUUAUUAUGACUUCGUUGUUUUUCAUAAAUAACUCCAUCAAUCCAACAGUAUAUUUACUCUUCAAUACUCAGUUACGGAAUGAAAUAAGUCGUUUGUUAUGUAAUUCAAGUUCGAAAACAAUUCCACUAAGGCAUCGUAGACGUAUGUUAACGUCCAAUAAAUUGUUCAAAUAUAUGGCGAAAAACCAAUUGACAGGAAACAGUGGUAGUAGCAGUCAACAUGAUGGGCAUUACGAAGCUUCAACAACACAGAGUGGACAUGAUUUAUCAAAAGUCAAAACAUUCGUCGCUGCUGAUACAAAUAAAGUUGCAACAAAUUCAGGGGUAGCUUCAAUGACCAUGACAAUGACAACUGUCACAGUGGAUAAUAAUGACGUAACCAACAUAGCGAUAACAGCACCAUGGAAAAAACCGCAUCAACAGUUGCUUGUUGAUAAUAAUAUCAUUAUUGAUGAAAGUGGCAUUUUAAUUGUUUAG